AAAUUACAAUACACCUCUGCGGGGUCCCCCAAAGAGCCCAAAAAACGCAUACAACGACGUCCUCCUUCCCAUGUAGGCCCCACUCCCCACAACAAAAUUCUCAGGGGGGCGGUCUCCCACACACUCACCGCGCCUGUCCGCCACACCAAAACGUUUUCGGUUCUCCUCUCUCCUUUUCUUUUCUCAAUGGACUCCGCCACCUUAUGCCACCGCCGAUCGCCGUCCUCCGACCGCUUCCUCGGCCUCUUCUCCUUCUCCCCUCCCUCCUCCUCCUCCCCCAUCUCCGUUGGCGAGGAGCUCAACGAAGCCGAGGUCUUCUGGACCACCGACGACCACACCGAUCCCGAUGACUCCACCACCGCCACCAACCACGGCCUCCCUCUCACCCAGAAAUCCGGAAUCCUCGCCGUCCUACCCGACCCCGACCGCCCGGCCCACCUCCUCUACCGCAAGCCCUCGCUCUCCUCCCCCUCCAAGCCCAUCCCCUCGAUUCCGCGGCCGUCUCUGCAGAGUCAACCCUCCAACGACGGCGGUCAAGGUCAUCACACCCAGUCGGUGCCUUCGAGAAGGUUCCAGCAGCACUCGGCGCCGAUGAAGGUUCCCGUGCUGUCCAAGGCGAUGAUGAUGGAGCGGCGCAGGAACCACGGCGGCCUUGAUGACGUGGUGGAUGAGGAGGAGGAGGAGGAUGGGGAGAUGCUGCCGCCGCAUGAGCUGGUGGCGAGGGGGUCGGGGGUGUCGGCGAGGACCACGUUUUCGGUGCUGGAAGGCGUCGGGAGGACUCUCAAGGGUAGGGACUUGCGUCAGGUCAGGAACGCUAUUUGGCGCAGGACUGGCUUUCUCGACUAGUCGACGACUUUGCUUCUCUCUUUUUUUUUUUGCAGCAGAAGAACAUAAGAGCAAUAAUCUGAGAGGUCUUAGGUAUAACCGUUUUUAGUUUUGUCUGCUUUAUUUUCAGUCUGAGUUCAUACAAAUUGGGGGUUCCCGAACAGUAUGGGAAUUGGUUAUGUUCUAUGUUCCAUUUUGAUGAUAGCAAGUUUAAUAUAAUGCAAGGCUAUGUUAGUUGAAAUGCUUUUAUUCAACAACUGCUGCAUAUUUGAAAUGCUCAAACUGUGAUUGCAGCAUAGUAUCACUAGUAUGUAACCAAUACUAAUAGCUGUAGUCCACGCAAGGGCAUUGGGCAUUACCUGAGAUGUUCAAUACUUUUCAAAUUGAACUACCUCUCGAACUGGUGUGAAAGUGUAAAUGAUAUUGUAACUCAAAAGAUAUAAAGAAGUAGAAAGGAGUGUUCGAAUAUAAUUUCAUUGGCAAAAGCUUUACAAUAUCAAAGAUACAUCAUAAUAUCUCCCUGUCUUUCGAUAAUGUUAGUUUCAGGAAAACAAGCAAUUGGUGCACCAUCAAUAAUAACUCUAAAUGCUGGUUGGCAAAAGAGCAAGUGAUCUUCGUAUUCAAUUCCAGUAGCUGACAACCAUUAAGGCAGUUCUCAGCUUGUGCGCAAUCCUUUGCCGGAUCUGGUUGCUGACACUGCAAAGGCCAGUGAUAAUUUACUAUCAGGAUACGCAGAAUAUCAUAACUUUAAAAAUCUCUUCAAUUUCUACAAAUCAAAGUCAGGAUUGCGCAGUGAUCAAGCUAAAACACUUUUACCUGUGACUAUUGAU